CUCUUCACUUCACUGCUAUAAUCUUUGCAUUUUUUCUGGUCAUAGAAUUCAAGUUACUUGAAAGAAUCAUUUUGGCUAAUUGGAUCAUUAUUAAUACCCUUUUUGUCAAAGCUAAAAUGGACCACUUGGAGCUUGAUUCUUCUUCAUGCAAGCCAUGCAGCCCUGACUCAGAACCCGAUCAUGAGGCACUGCCUGCUGCUGUUUCCCAUAAGCGAAAAGCUGGUAGGAAGAAGUUUAAGGAGACGCGUCAUCCGGUGUUUAGAGGUGUAAGGCAGAGGAAAGGGAAUAAAUGGGUGUGUGAAGUGCGUGAACCUUACAAGAAAUCAAGGAUUUGGUUGGGGACUUACCCUAGUCCUGAAAUGGCAGCUAGGGCUUAUGAUGUUGCUGCCUUAGCGCUUAGGGGCAAGUCUGCUACUCUUAAUUUUCCUGACUCUUCUUCCAUUCUUCCUCUGGCUAAGUCUUCCUCAGCUAGGGAUAUACAAACGGCUGCUCUUGCAGCUGCUGAGGCCUUUAGGACAACAACAACAGCUUGUUGUUCUCUAUCAUCUUUGGCACUUGACAAUAUGAUCUCUUCACAUUCAACAAGCUCAACAAAUAUUAUUGAUCAACCAGGAUGCUCAUCAAGCCCAAUUCCCAAUGAGAAGAAACUUUGUUUGGUGGAAAUACAACCCGAUGAGAAUGAUCAUUGUUCAAUAUUGGGUCAUAGUGAGAGGUUGGAAACCAAGGCUAAUGAGUCUAAUGAUCCAUUGUUCAUCGAUGAGGAGGCAUCGUUUAACAUGCCAGGGUUACUCCAUAGCAUGGCAGAGGGUAUGCUCCUCAGUCCACCAGCAUUGCAAGGAGAAGUUGAUUGGGAUGAUGAUACAACUUCUAACAUUAAUAUUGAUUUAUGGGGAGCUCACUAACUGAUCAUACAGUGUUAGUAUUGAUAAUUUGACAGGAAUAUUCCUAGCCAGUAUCAAUUUUUUUUAGUUGGGUUAUCAAGAAUUUAACUUUUUGAUAAUUGAAACUAACAGAUUAACACUUUAUCAACAAUCACUCUUAUAUAUUAACAAAAAUUAAGAGAGUAUCUGUUGCAUUUUUUGCUUUUUUCUUCAAUAAGUUAUUGGUAGGAAUAAAGGGUGUUAGUGCACAUUAUGAUACCAUAACAUCUGUAAACCAAUGACCAAUUAAUGUAUAUUUCUUUCGGCCUGCCAGUUUCAUUUUCUAAUCCAACAUAUAGGUGAGGAUAAGUUCUCAUACUCUACAUAUUCCCACAGAUUUUGAUGGUUGCACUACAUACAAUUGUAAAUCCUAAACCAUACUUGAAUAAGGUUAAUUACAGCUAUAAUUUGAUAUAUAUAUAUAUAUGUAUGGCAUAUACCUAAACAUUCUUAAAAAUUCAAUUCGAGAGAACAUGAAACAUUUUGUCAUUCCAGCUAAUAGUUUAAAGUGAAGCAACAAAUAUAAAAAGGCAUAUCCUAAAAUUAGGAGUUGUUGAGUACAUUUUUCCGUUUUUGAUUAGACAUGAUGUGCUUGUGUCACGGGUCGAGACUUAAGCUCCGAAUCCGUGCGGUUCCGAGACCCAGGCAUAGGUCCGUGACAUUCUCCCGCACCUAACUUCGUGAUGCCCUCGUCACGGAGGCUGGCCACCCUGUCUACCUCCCUCGAGACGCUCAGUGUGGAUCGAACGAU